GGGAUCUCGGUCGCGCGGCACCCGGGUGGGCGGAGCCACGGGCAGGGCGCCGACGCGGGCGGCGUGGGAUGGUCCGGUCCGGGGUGGAGGCUCCUGGACUGGGACUGGGCUAGAGGGGCGGGGUGAGACGGCCGAGCGCUGGCAUCCGAGCCGCAGCGGUCGCCGCACGUCCUCGGCUGGGGCCGAAGGCCGGGCAGGACGCCCAUGCGCGUGGAGCUCCGCUCCGGGGUGCGGCGGGUGAGAAGCGGGAGAAGCCGGCGUCUAGUCCCGAGGCCGACGGUGCGUCUCCACGGAAGCCUCGGUGCGCGCUGAGCGCCGCGGUGUGAGCGUGGAAGGCUGGCGGGAACGGAUCCGCGGCCGCCCGGGGCUGCUCCGGAGAUCCUCCGGGUCUCAGCAGACUUUCGAUGGUAAACAAUUAUGGGCUGAGGACCAUACGACCAGGAAGCCUGUCAUCGAAAGUUCCAGCAGUUUCCCCAGCAGAAGCAGCCACCCCCAGUCAGGCCGGCGCCAUCAUGCCCCAGCAGCUCCUGAUCACCUUGGCCACUGAGGCCAGCGCCUGGGUGAAGUUGAACCAUCCCAGGAAGACCAAGGAGGGGGUGUCCCUGUGGGAGGAUGUGACAAAAAUGUUUGAAGGAGGAGCUCUGCUAUCCCAUGAUGCUGAUGGACUACAACGAGAAAGCUUAGCUGAUGGAGCGACCCCUGACGGAGUGACCCCUGACGGAGUGACCCCUGAUGGAGCGACCCCUGAUGGAGCGACCCCUGACGGAGUGACCCCUGACGGAGUGACCCCUGGAGUCCGCGCAGCAGGAUCCCAGGAAUCAUUGACUUUCAAGGACAUAGCUGUGGACUUAUCCCAGGAAGAAUGGGGGCAACUGGCUCCUGCAUACCGGGAUUUGUAUCGGGAGGUGAUGCUGGAGAACUACAGAAACCUGGUGUCAGUGGGAUAUCAACUUUCCAAGCCUACUGUGAUUUCCCAGUUGGAGAGAGGAGAAGGACCAUGGAUAGCAGAGCGUCAAGGCCCAGAGGAUUCCAUUUUAGAUGUGAAGACUAAACUAGAAAUCAGAGAGUCAACUGCAGAGGAUGACAUUUCCGUCAAGCUCUAUCAUGGCGUCAUGAGGGGAAGGCUCAUAGAGGAUAAUAUUUGUUCUCCAUUGGAAAAAGCCUCCAGCUACGAUGAUACAUUAUUAGAGAGGCACCGGGAAAACUGUGGGAAAGGCAUGAGACAAACCAUUUGGACCCACAAAAAGAAACACCAAGAAGUGAACAAAUUAGAAACCCCAGAGAGUGCCAAUGUUAUUUCAGAACAGAAGCACCAUAAAUACAAACCAGCCAGAAAGAGAAGCAAAUAUAAAUUAGAUUCAAUUAACCAUCCAGUGAGCUGCAUGAGAACCAGAAUGUACCAAUGUAGCAUAUGUGAAAAAAUGUUCAAACAACCCGUUCAUCUUACUGAGCACAUGAGGACUCACACUGGUGAGAAACCAUUCCGGUGUAAGGAGUGUGGGAGGGCCUUUAGUCAGAGUGCGUCUCUUACUACGCACCAGCGGAUCCACACUGGUGAGAAGCCCUUCAAGUGUAAGGAGUGUGGCAAAGCCUUCAGACAUCGCUCAUCGCUGAGCCAGCACCACAGGACUCACACUGGAGAGAAACCUUUCACAUGUGAUAAGUGUCAGAAAGCCUUUAGCCAGAACAUCAGCUUGGUCCAACAUCUGAGGACUCAUUCUGGAGAGAAACCCUUUAGCUGCAAUGAAUGUGGGAAGACCUUUCGGCAGAUUAGACACCUUAGUGAACACGUGAGGAUUCACACCGGGGAGAAGCCCUACAAAUGCACUUCGUGCUGUAAAACGUUCAGUCACAGGGCGUACCUCACACAUCACCAGCGAAUCCACACCGGGGAGAGACCCUACAAAUGUAAGGAGUGUGGGAAAGCCUUUAGGCAGAGGAUACACCUUAGCAACCAUAAGACUGUCCAUACCGGGGUGAAAGCGUACGAGUGUAACCGCUGUGGAAAAGCCUACAGGCACGACUCAUCCUUUAAGAAACACCAGAGACAUCACACCGGAGAAAAGCCUUAUGAAUGUACUGAGUGCGGAAAGUCCUUCACCUAUAAUUCAUCGCUGAGCCGACACCAUAAAAUACACAGGAGGAGCGCUUUUCUAGAUGAUCCAGGACAUGAGAACAAAAAGCAACUCUAAAUCGGUGAUUCUGAGCUUUAAAAUUUCAGGACUCAAAUAAUCUUGAAAAACUGAUAACGGUGGCAACUUUCGAUUUUACCAAAAGUGUAAAUAAAUACUAUGUUGGUUGCCACUGUCUGACACAAAAUGAUAAAUUAAGCAUUAUGAAAAAUUCACAAUUAUUUUUUUCUCAUUUCAUGGUAGGUGAAUAAAUUAUUUCUUAUGACUCGCUG